CGCGUGACUCAAGAUGGCAGACAACUCGUCGAACCCGAAGAAAGAUCUUUCUCAAAUUGUGAGAGGCACGUCGGAAGCUGUAGAACAUGCUCAACCUCGUGUCAGAAGAAAAUCUAAAUACGCUGGACCAAACGAAGACUUUCUCAAGGCUUUGAUAAGUUUGGGGAUCUCGCGAAAUGCAGCAGAGAAGGGUCUGUUCAUGACUGAUAAUUGUUCUGUUGAUGCUGCAGCCAGCUGGGUCCUGGACAAUCAAGAUUUACCAGAUAUAGAUCAGCCAUUUAAGGUAGAAGACUUUACACCAACCCUUGAAGCUCUCCCUUUUGAAAAAGCAUUUCCCUUGGAUGAAAAAACACUGAAGAGUCCUUACAAAAUGGUGUUUGUGGUGAACAUGGAACUCAACAUGGGCGUUGGUAAGACUGCAGCUCAAGUUGGCCAUGCAACUAUUGGUCUCUACAAGAUAAUGGCGUCCCAGCCUCAAAAAUACGACCACAUGUUAUCACAGUGGGAUAAUUUUGGGGCAACAAAGAUUGUCUUACAAGGUGAAAAUACUGCCCACCUGUUUGAUAUAGAGGAGCUGGCUAAAAAGGCUCACAUUCCACAUUACCUUGUCCAUGAUGCGGGAAAAACUCAGGUGGCAUCUGGUUCACUGACUGUGAUUGGUUUAUUUGGUUCAUCAUCAGAAGUGGGAACACUAACUGGGUCAUUAUUACUAUUGUAGAGUUUUUGAGCAACUGUGUUGUCUACUAUAUAGAACAGCGCAGACUGACGUUAAACUAUAGAGGGUGCGAAAUGUCACUAUUAUUAUUUUUAAUUGAAAGAGCUCUUUGGUGUUUAGAGAAGAGAUUAUUAAAAUUCAGAUCAUCAA